ACAGUAUGUGUGUGUGUACACACACACACACACAUACUGUGUGUGUGUGUGUGUGUGUGUUUCAUUUGCAGAGAGGAUUGUAAUCAGAGGAGAUGAAUAAUUUGGAAACUCGUGACGAGAACAGAGAAGAGAAGAGCUGAACAGCUGCUUCUGACAGCGUCAUCUGGAAGACAUGAGGGUGGAGACAGGAGGGUUACUCCAGGUCAAGUUUAUCUGUAUUUCUCUUUAAAAACACUUUUAUUUUCACGUGAACCAUCGUCGGGUCCGGUUCCUGUGCCAGAAUAUGAAACGGUGUUUUCUCUCACCUGUCAGCGCUUGUUUCUCCAGAAGCUGGUGGCGUUUGAGAGCUGUGGAGUUUUCUGUGAAACAGGGAACAGUUAACGUCAGUUGGUAUAAUUCAAUAAUUAAACUGGCUUGAGGGAAGAUUAUAUGCAAAAAAAUACUCUUAAACUGUCAACCAGGGUUGGACCCAAAGGUCAAAUGUUCAACUUCAGAGAACAGGCCUGUCCCUAACCCCUCUGCUCUCUGUUAGUCUGUCAACGUCCCGCCAGGGAACGAAGAUUACUAUCAUCUUAAACGUGGGCACAUGGGAAAAAUGGGGGGGGGGGUGCAGGACAGGUGGAGUGGAAUGGAGGGAGCACAGGCUCUGCAAAGACAGGAAGGAGUUCACGUUUGGCAAAACAGCAGAGAGCAGAUGAGGCUCAGGUAUCAGUCUGACAUCAUCUGACGGGAAAAGAUCCGUCUCUAUUUAAAGUUAACAAGGCCAAACAUGAAGGAGAAGAGGAACCUAACACAACUAAGUCUGUGUUUUAAAUCCGUUUCCUCGGUGGACUUUAAACCACCAGAUUUGUCCUCCCCAUGUUCAGGUUUAACGUACAGAUGCCUCCAUGUUGAGCAGCGAGAGAACACUUUGAAAGCUCUGGACCAACAAUCCCUGAACAGCCAAAGAUCAUCACUGCACACAGACGUACAACAGAGAGGAUGGAGCCCUCACCUUCCACCGAGAGCUGCACGGUGCUGACGGCGAGGCCGCGCUCGUCCAGGACUUUGUAGAUUCCUUCGUCCGAGCUCUUCAGCUUCCUCAUCCUCAGCUGCUCGUUGACCGAAUGCCUCUGCAGACGCUCGCUGUCUUCGUCCUCCCUCUUCCACAGGACCGACCACUCCGAGCUGUUCCUGUGGAGCGAAGGUCAGAAACUGUUUGACCAACAUGACGUUUCAUCUAAUCCUGCUGAAAGGUUUAUACAGUCAACAGAAGGGACCAGAGCAUCAUAAGCCGGACUCAUGCAGCUUUCUGUGUUCUCUGAAACAAGCAGUUCGAUGUGUAAAUGUGUAAAUACGAGCGUUUUAAUAUGACGUCAGACAUGAACUAAACUAAACGGUCCACGACGAGCUCACAUGGCGUAAACAUCGGCAGUUCAAUUACAAGAUGAGAUCUUUGGAAAGUUCUCCGACAUCAUUUCAACUUUUUCCAGAACCCACAUUAUCCGGCCUCUAUUUAGCAUUUCUUCUGUUUUGAAGGCAGACUUCAUCGGGUGACUCAUAACUUCACCAGCAACCUGUAACGGUGUCGGUUUGAUGCAAACAGUCAUUUCGUAGAAGUUGUUUUUAUAGGGGGAAAAGAACAAUCAGAAUGGGCGACUUGAGGGCGGACGAGACGAAAAGAGAGGACGAGAAGAGACGAGACGUGAAAAGAAGAGAAGAGGAGGAGGAGAGAAGAGAUGAGGACAAAAUAGAAGAGAGUAUUCGUGAUUGAAGGUUCGGCUCACCUGUCCUGGAAGACGACUCUCAUAGAGUGACGGGUGUAGAGCUCCAGGACUAAGUCCUCACCUGGACCUCGAGACUGGAAGGAUUUGUGGUCUGAGAGGGAAAAAUAAAACCAAAAGAUCACAGACGUCAGAUUUGUUAAAGUAAAGCUGAACGAUAAUUUAAUAUGAUUAUUUAUCGUCUGUCAGUAGAAUCGUACAAAUCACGAUUCUCAGUCACGUCGUCUAAAUUGAUAAAAACAAGCAAAUAUUAACCAAAAUAUCUCAGAAAAUUAUUUUGCAUCAAAGUUCUUAAUUCACACAACAGUAUACAAAACAAUGAGGUUAUUAUGAAAUGCAUGAUUAGGGUUUAUUAUAGAGUUACAUGAGAUGAAGAGAUGAGAUAGAAACAGAAGUAGAGUCGAUGGAAACACGAGAGAAGAAAGAAUAAAUUAUGAGGAUUAACGACAUGAGAAGAAAAAGAGAAUAAUUCAGAUGAUGAAACCAAAGAAUAAGAGGAAAAGGAAACCUGAGAGAACAAUAGAAUAUAAACUAAGAGAAGGAUAGAAAUAAAUCAAACAGAGUUGGAGACACUGACCGAACACGGACAGCUUGACGCCCUGGAUGAAGACCUUGGUCUUCAUGGCCAUCAUCCCGUCCACCACCAUGAAGCUCUCGUAUCUCCCCGAGUCUCCGAUCUGGACGUCAUUGAUGAUCAGAGAACAGUUCCCGGACCCCAGCUUCUCCUCGGGAACCUCCACCCGGCCCUCGAACUCCUCCGCCUCCCACUUGUCGUUCCCGUUCAUCUCGAACACGGUGUCGGCCGGCGUCGCCCACUGGACGUGGCAGGCCGACGGGGUCAACUGGAGGCGCUGCUUCCAGCUGCAGGGAAGGACCGCCCGGUUCCCCACCUUGGAGGUGACGGAGAGCAAGCGGGAGGACGAGGAAGAGGAAUCUGGAGGAGGAGAGACGGAGGAAACACCUUCUCAACCACAACUCGUCAAACACGGCAGCUUGUUCAGAGUCCUGGCGUCGGAUAUUUCAAAAUAAACUUCUGUUUUCACAGGAAAAAACUUGGUUCACUUAAAGCAACAAAAGUGCUUGGUCAGGUUUAGGGAAGCUUGUAGUUUGGGUUCAAAUAAGUACGUUUGUUACGUAGUUUAGUAGCUUUAACAUGCGUAACGUGAGUUCUGACUUAAGUUUAGUACGUUAUCAGUUAUCGGAGUGGGACGGAUAUAAAUAUUUCGAAAAGUUUGUGCUCUUAGUUACAGAAUGUGACUUUACAGAGUAAACAUUUCCCGAAGAAUUAAACAUUCAGAUCUAAUAAAACAUGCUGAUAUCCAAGUCCUUCAUACUGUGACGCUGACCUCGUGCAGUGCUUCCACCAGAGAGACAUUCCCAUCUCAGAUUAAUAUUUAAGGUCCUAAAUGUCAACUAUUCUUUUCUUUCCUCUCCCCCAUUAAUCACCCCACACACACACACACACACACACACACAUUCAUCCGGUGACCCGUCGCGGCGGUCUGAACGGACCUGAAGUUCAGCGGCCGGAUCAUUUACAAAAAUGUGAUUUAUCUUUUACAGUCGAUCUUUUAAUAUCAGUUAAAAAUGAAUCAGAAACGGUGCGUCACAAUAAAGCGUGCAAUAGUAUCAGACGUCAUUAGAGAAUGUUUGAGUGGAUGAUAUGAAACAUCAACAGUCCACUGCUGUAUGCAUGACAUGGUACGAUUGUUCUUGUUACUUGUGGCUUUGAUUGAAAGAUGUUGGAGUGAGAACUCAGCAGCUGUGUUGAGACUAAACAACGGUUCAUCUUCUGAGGACACAGAACUAUAAUUAAAUCUCUUAAACGUCGGGUUUGAGAGACGCUGUGAUUCAUGUGUUCAUCACAGAAUGAUACUCACCAACUAAACUGCCAACCAGAAAACAGUGUAGAGAUAUGAGAACCCUGAAAAACAAGAUCACACAAACGGAACAAGUGAACAUGUUGUUUAAGGAAACAGACAGAAGAUCAAAUCAACCACGUUCUCAUCACAAGAGUUUUAUUAUAUAAAAAACAAUAAGAAAACAUUCAGAAUUCCAUCUGAAUGAUUCAGAAAAACAAACGGACAUUAUUGAAAUGUGAAUCUUUAUUCAGUGUGGGCGGAGUCACUCAGAUCUUUCGUAACUAUUAAAUAUGUUUUCAAUAUAGAAACCUGUUUACAUAAGUUUGGAUAGGACUGAAUAUGUUUGUUAAAAACAGGAUACAAUAUAAAAAUAUGAAGCCAUGAGACAGGGAGCAUUGAGAUGCUUAUUCUUCAUAUAUCUAUUUAAAUGUAUCAUUUAUAUUCAUAUAGUCGAACGAAAGAAAGUAUUUAGUUUAUUUAUUGUUAUUUGUUCCUAUUAUUCUGUUGUUAUUUGAAACCAUGAAGGAACCAGUGAAGAUUGAUAAAUCCUUAUUCUAUUUAUUUAAUUUAUUUAUUUUAUACUUUACAUUGAUAUGUACAUUGCUAGUUUAGUUGUUGUGCUUUGUUGUUAUUAUUCUGUAAUGAAACUUAAGAGUCAGUUUCACUUCUCACUAAGUUUCGUUUUCUUCCAAACGCAACGCGCCUCGCGCUCUUCUCUGCAGCGCGCGCUGACCUGCUGAAGAGAAUCUGAUUUAAAAUAACGCUCAAUAAACCGCAAAUGUUUUUAUUCUGCACACGUUCUCCAUCCUGCAGCCUGUCACUUUGUUCAUAUUCAUAUUUAAUGAAACAACAGCUUGUUCUUCGUGAACAUAUGAGCAAUAAUUCAUAAACAUAAAAUCAUCAGAUACUGAAAAUCCCUAUAAAGGAAGCUUUUAGUUUUCAAAAUAAAGUGUCGUGUUUCUCACCAGUGUCGCUUUGUGACGGUCUUCAUGAUGACUGCUGUUUGGAAACUUAGCUCAGUCCUCUUCUCUCUCCUCCACGUUGUCUGAAGUCUGUUGAUAUGCAGCGCUGAGGUUACUCUCUAUCAGCUGAACGACACUUCCGAUGUUGGUGGUCUCAACUGUCUACAGUCCUGCUGCUCAAUAAAGUCCCCGCUCACUUCCUCCCACUGAACUCACUGGUGUCUCUCUCAUGAACCCAUCAGUCCUGCACCAAACCUGAGGAUCUUAAAUCACUGAAUGAUGGCCGGUGUCACACGGAUCCUCACUUUCAUUUGUGUUGCAGGAUAUCACCUGUCCUCAGCCUCGCCCGUCCUCCGCUCGGCCCUGGUGGUCCCGGCGGGGGGGAACGUCUCGCUCGCCUGCAACCUGACGUCCAGCUCGGAGAUCACCUGGUACCUUCUGCGCUCGGAUCAGCUGCUGCCCCUGCUGACAGUUGCACCGACUAAGCUGAAAGAUGUUACGAUCAACUUUCACACGGCGGACGACCGCCGCUUCAACAACAGGGGCGACCCGGAGGGAGGCCCGGUUCGCCUGGAGAUCCAGCAGGUGGAGGAGAAGGACGCCGGGCUGUACUUCUGCACCGGCCGCUGUGAAGGAGCUGUGUGUGUUAACAGAGGAAUUCAUCUGGCUGUUGAUGGAGUCGACGGGGAGCCGUCCAGGCAGCCAUGUUGGAGUCUGGGGAUCUGUGUUCUUCCUGCUCUGCUCGUCCUCUGCCUCGUCUUCAUUGUUGGACUCUGCCUGCGCUCAGGUAAAGCAGCUGUUGGCUGCUGUGAUGCAGACACCAGUCAGAGGGUCACAGAGGAAGAGUCUUUGCACUAUUCCAGUCUGAAGCACGCAGACAAGCCCCGCCCCUCCGGCCGAGGAGGGACAGGAUUGGUCGAAGACGACGUGACGUACUCGGCAGUGAUGAGCCGCAAGAACCCAAACGCGUCACGUGACCGCAGAUAGAGCGGCGCUGUGUUCUUAACAGCAGAGAAACGACCAUGAAUGUAAUUCAUUAGAUAUUUUAUUAAGCUAUUCUUUCUACAAUUAUGUUUCUGCUCUUUAAACAAGUCACUAAUUACUUUUUUAAUUCAGGUUUCUAUAAAUGAUCUCUAUAAAGGCUGACGUCCUUAAUAUGCUGGAGAAACUAAAUCUCUAUUUCACAACUACGGUACUUUAAGCUAUAUUUCUUUCCUUCAUAUUGAAACUCAUUCGACUGUGAAGUGACGCUCUACUUCGCUUUCACUUGUAGAGCAACUGAUCUGUUGCUUCCUGACAAUCAUUUACGUAUAAAAACCACCACGAGGAAUGUGACGGAAACGCAGUUACUGCCAGAUAUACGCACAUAAUGAUGGGAAGUUUAAUUGUACGUGAGAAAUAAACGUGAUGAGAAAACUCUCAAA